AAUUUUUCUCGCGCCUGACGGUAUCUUCACUCUCCUCACUCCACUUGGACUUCCCCAAACUUCUCCCCUGCUGGUUCGCCAUACUUCCAACCCUAUCCCCGGAUCGACCUUCACCCCCGCACCGAUCAUGCCAUCCACUCGCCGAGUCGCCGUCAUCGGAGCCGGCGCAGCAGGUCUCUCAACCUCCCGCGAGCUCCGGCGUGAAGGCCACACCGUCGCCGUUUUCGAACGAUCGGCCAAUGUCGGAGGUGCCUGGAUCUACUCCGCCGCCGUCGAAUCGGACCCCCUUAGUCUCGAUCCUGACCGCGAGAUCGUCCACUCGAGCCUCUACGAUUCUCUCCGCACAAAUAUUCCUCGAGAAUCCAUGGGAUUUUUGGACUACCCCUUCAUCUCCGUAGGCGGAGAAGAAGAUUGCCGGCGAUUUCCAGGCCAUCGGGAGGUGCUUCGGUAUUUGAAGGCUUUUGCGAGGGAUUCGGGGCUGUGCGGGCUUGUACGGUUUGGGAGCGAAGUGAUGCGCGUGGAAAUGGAAGGGGAGGGAAGGUGGGAGGUGGUGUCGAGGACGGUUGCCGGCGCUGUUGGGGAUGAGAGGGAGGUGUUCGAUGCGGUUGUCGUAUGCGUAGGGCACUACUCCGAGCCUCGUGUAGCUGAGAUUCCAGGCAUUGAUUCAUGGCCUGGGAAGCAAAUGCACAGCCACAAUUACAGAGUUCCUGAGCCUUUUCUAGGUCUGGUGGUUGUAAUAAUUGGAAGUUCUGCAAGUGCGGCGGAUAUCUCAAAAGACAUUGCUGGUUUUGCAAAAGAAGUUCAUAUUGCAAGCAGAUCAGCAUCUGGAGGAACUCCCAUCAUGGAUCCUGCCCAUCACAACAUUAUUAUUCAUUCUAUGAUUGUGAAAGCGCAUGGUGAUGGAACUGUGCUGUUCCAAGAUGGAAGUUCUGCCAAUGUUGAUGUUAUCAUGCAUUGUACUGGAUACAAGUAUCACUUUCCUUUCCUUAAAACAAGCGGCAUUGUGAAUGUGGAUGACAACCGAGUAGGACCUCUUUAUAAGCAUGUCUUUCCGCCAUUGCUGGCUCCAUAUCUUUCCUUCGUUGGAUUAACCACAAAGAUCAUUCCUUUCCCAUUGUUUCAAUUGCAAGGAAAGUGGAUUGCUGGUGUUCUAUCAGGAAGGAUAGUACUUCCGACACAAGAAGAAAUGAUGGAAGAUGUAAAAAAAUUGUAUUUUGAAAUGCAGAUUGCUGGCCGGCCCAAAAGAUACACGCAUAAUAUUGAAAAUUACCAUUUUGAGUAUGUGAAUUGGUUGGCAGGAGAAUGUGGGCAUCCUCAAGUAGAAGAUUGGAGGAAGCUCUUGUAUCAUGCAAAUAGGAAAAACAGGGCUGCAAAACCAGACAGAUAUAGAGAUGAGUGGGAUUAUGAUGAUUUGGUCAUGGAAGCUUAUGAACAUCUCAGGAAUAUUUUCAUUUCAUCUUCAAGACUACAGAUUUAGUUUGGUGGUCUUAUUAAUGACGAGAUAUGUAAUUUCUGAAAACUUUUAUGUUUGUUAGAAAAUUUCAUGAUUUUUUUU